AUGGCACAGGACAGCAAGCCCAAGAUGCGAUAUGUCAACCUCGGCGCAUCCGGCCUCAAAGUCUCCAAAUUCAUUCUUGGCUGCAUGUCGUAUGGCGAUUCGCGAUGGGCACCAUGGGUCAAGAACCGCGAAGAAUCUCUGCCCCUUCUCAAAGCCGCUUUCGACGCCGGCGUCAAUACCUGGGACACAGCCAACAUGUACUCGAAUGGUGUAUCGGAGGAGAUAAUUGGAGAAGCUAUCAAGAGAUACAAUAUUCCGAGGUCACAGGUGGUUAUUAUGACCAAAUCAUUUUUCCCUGCUGCGGAGGAUCAGGUCGGUACCUUCAAUGGUAGACCUGAGAUUCGUCAGGAUCCAAGAUACAUCAAUCGUUGCGGACUAGGUCGAAGGGCAUUGUUUGAGCAGGUAGAUGCCAGCUUGGGGAGAUUGCAGACAGAUUAUAUCGAUGUUUUGCAGAUCCAUCGAAUUGAUGAUACACCAUUCGCCGAGGUCAUGAAGGCGUUGCACGAUCUAGUCGAAAGUGGAAAGGUCAGAUAUAUCGGUGCGAGCUCCAUGUGGGCUCAUGAGCUGGCUCAAAUGCAGGCUAUUGCUGAAAUGAGGGGAUGGACUAAAUUCAUCAGCAUGCAGAAUGAGCACAACCUAAUAUACAGAGAGGAGGAGAGGGAGAUGAUCAGGUUUUGCAAGAAAACAGGGGUAGGACUUGUACCUUGGGGACCCCUUGCUGCUGGAGCUUUGUGCAGACCAGUUUCCCAGUUGACAUCGACUGAUCGGGGACAAGGGAACAAGGACAAGAUAAAGUCGGAUGCGGAUACCGAGAUCAUCAACAGGGUCGAGGAGUUGGCGAAAAAAAAGGGUUGGACGAUGGCUCAGGUGGCUUUUGCAUGGAGCGCCGGUGUCACAACUGCUCCCAUCCUAGGUCUUUCUAGCGAGGAUAGGCUGAAGGAGUUCCUCGCAGCUGUCGAUUACGAGCUGACACCGGAGGAAAGAAAGUACCUCGAGGAGCCAUAUAAGCCGAAGCCGGUCCAGGGCUUCAACCAAGACAGAACAACAUCAUGA